AACACGGUUCACAUAUUCAAUCUUGGCUGACGCUUCAACUGGUUUUGGCGUUUAGCGAAACAUGUCUAGUGAACUGCCGGCAGUUAAUGACGCAGCGAUGAUACAGCGCGAGGUAGGGAGUCGAAGCAGGUAUCCCUAUGAGUAUGCAGCGCGGGCGCCUGAACAGAAUGACCUCAGGGCAAGGGCUCGACCCCCAGGAACACCCAGCACUGAGCCUGACUCUCCUACCCAAGAGGCAGUACUAGUGGAUGACUGCGAGAGGUUGGGCACCCUGUUUGGAGAGCUGAACAAGUGUUUGCGAAGCAUAGGCUUUGGGCAGCUCUACUUUGGGGAGAAGAUUGUGGAGCCUGUGGUGGUCUUGCUCUUCUGGGUGCUCCUUUGGUUCCUCGGCAUCCAGGCCCUGGGUCUCGUGGGAACUCUGUGCAUUGUCAUCAUCUACAUCCAGAAGUAAAGACAGUGGCAGCAAAGACA